AAAAUACCGAGCAUUCAGUAUUCUCCAACAAUAUAUAUAUAAAAUGGCUGAAUUGGAUCAAUGGAUAGAGAAGGUAAAGAAGUGCGAUUAUUUACCUGAACAAGAUUUGAAGAAAUUAUGUAAUAUGGUCAAGUCCAUCUUGAUUGAAGAAUCUAACGUACAACCUGUUUCAUCCCCUGUAACAGUAUGUGGUGAUAUCCACGGUCAAUUCCACGACUUGUUAGAGUUGUUCAAGACAGGUGGUGAAUUGCCAGAUACUAGAUAUAUAUUCAUGGGAGAUUUUGUUGAUAGAGGAUACAACAGCUUGGAAACUUUGACUUAUUUGAUGCUCUUGAAGGCCAGAUAUCCAGAACGUAUGACUUUAUUGCGUGGUAAUCACGAAUCUCGUCAAAUUACUCAAAUCUAUGGUUUCUAUGAUGAAUGUCAACGUAAAUAUGGUAAUGCUAACGCUUGGAAAUAUUGUUGUGAAGUUUUUGACUGUUUCAAUGUUGCUGCUGUUAUUGAUGGAAGAGUUUUGUGUGUUCACGGAGGUUUGUCUCCCGAUAUUCGUACUUUGGAUCAAAUGAGAACUAUUGAUCGUAGACAAGAAAUUCCACAUGAAGGUCCAUUCUGUGAUGUCAUGUGGUCUGAUCCAGAAAAUAUUGAAACUUGGGCUGUUUCUCCUCGUGGUGCUGGUUGGUUGUUUGGAAGUCGUGUCACAUCUGAAUUCAAUCAUUUGAACAAUCUUGAACUUAUUUGUCGUGCGCAUCAAUUGGUGCAAGAAGGAUACAAGUAUCAUUUCCCAGAACAAAACUUGGUUACAGUUUGGUCAGCUCCAAACUAUUGUUAUCGUUGCGGUAACAUGGCCAGUAUUUUAGCUUUUGAUGAUAACUUGGGCAGAGAAUUUAAGAGCUUUAAGGAAGUUCCUAUUGACCAUAACAUACAACCAUCCAAUAAGGCAAUGUACUUCUUGUAACUUUAUAUAUAUUUCACAACUAAAUUUUAUUUAACAAA